AUACAGAUAGAAGGUACGAGUUGAGGGGCGUGGCUGCGAGCUAACAUGGCGGAUCAGCUGGUCCUGGAUAAAGCGGCUUCAGGAGGGGCUGAUACUGCCAACUUGACGGUGUUUGUGUUUUUAUUCAUUUCCAGUAAACAUUCGAGAUAAAACAUGAUAUGAAUAGAAGGACGUCUCAUAACAAAGGUUUGAUAUAAAAAUAUUAAAACGGUCAACGGUUCAAAUCAUAUUUUUACACUGCUGGUAUUAUUUUAAAACGGCGUUUUGCUGGCUGCUCGUUAUUUUCGAAAAGAGGCUGGCGCGACGCUGACGGCUAUAGUUCCGGCGUUCUCCCGCUGCGUGGCGCAUUUUUUGCCUUUUCCGGUGAUAAUGUGUGCGCGCAGCAAGCACCACAAUUGGAUUUCCCUCGAAAUGCAGCGCUGGCUUUCAAGCGGGUAGCGGUAUUUAGGAAGAAAUGCAAACAAGGCUGACGAGAGGCUAAAUAAAGACUGCCGCCGCCGCGUCGUGUGGUCAAGAAUGUGCGCUGCUCACCAUUGCGCAUGCAGACAGCUUCACUGCUUUACUGUGUACGCAGUAUUAUUACAGCAAAUUAUCCAAUUAGCAGGAUAAGAUUGUUUGUCGAGAUCAAAUAAUUGCUUUAAUGUACACGGCUUGCUUAAUUUAUUGCGGUAGUUGUAAUAUCUGUUUGUUUUUAUUAUAUUCAAGAUGGCGGCCUGUAAGGAUAAAUAGCUAACAGGUGGCGCCACUGUUCAUUUAAAGUUUUGUUCGUAAUUUAACUGCGAUUAUGUCAGGUUAAAUAUGAAAAAUUUCAAUUCCAAAAUAGGCACUUAAAAAUACGAUUAACAUUAGUGGUGCCAUCUCUUGGCGAGUAUGAACAUUGUAACGGAAUGUAAUUGUUUUUUUUAAUUUUAUUGAAUUUUAGGAGUUUUUGCUUAUUCCAGGACCACGCUUGCAUUUUGCAAAGUAAGCAGAUGCGGAAAAAGAAAAAAUAAAAUGAAUAAGUGAGUCAAUGAGUUGAUUAUUGUUGCGCAUUUUUACUACAUUGGCGUGCACCUGGGUGCCGAGCGUGCAAAAACGAGUGCGAGCACGUUUCGGUCACGAGGCCGUGCGCCCUUUGGCAGGACUGAGCCGCCCCCGGCCGGUCGGCGCGCCGCCCCCGAGGAGGAGCCAAGCUGAGUUCGGGGCGGGUGUCGGACGCGGCUCGUUAGUCGCUAAUUGACGUCCCGAGCACAUGGAUAACCCCUGUCCCGAACCACACCAUCAGCUCCACUUGCAGGAGCUGAAGCAGAGGCCCUUUCUGCCCCCAGUUCCUGACCAUCUGCCCCCAAGUUCUCUUGGAAUCCUUGGCUACGGCAGAGAGCAUCAAAUGGUCGGGCGAUGCCUCGAGCCCAUCAAGAGCGACGACUUGCCGCCGCGCGACGAAAAGCCUGACUUGGCCUCCGUACAUUCCAUGUCGAAUUACGCCCUGCACCACCAACAACACAUCGCACCACCGGAAUCCAUCCAACCUGCCUCACCUGACCCUCCACAGACGGCAGUCACGCCUACAAGCAAUCACCAGGAGCUGGGCGGUGUGAUCCGCGAGGCGACGUCGCCGACGGACUCUGAGGACCACUCGGACCCGAACACGAAGCCGCCGUACAGCUACGUGGCACUGAUCGCGAUGGCCAUCCAGAGUUCGAGCAUGAAGAGGGCCACGCUGAGCGAGAUCUACAACUUCAUCACGUCCAAGUUCCCCUACUUCGAGCGCAACAAAAAGGGCUGGCAGAACUCGAUCAGGCACAAUCUGAGUCUCAACGAGUGCUUCGUCAAGGUGCCAAGAGAGGGCGGCGGCGAGAGGAAGGGUAACUACUGGACGCUCGACCCGCAGUACGAGGACAUGUUCGAAAACGGCAACUACCGGCGGCGGCGGCGGAUGAAGCGUCCGUACCGGUCAGCGGGCGGCUACGCCAAGGCCUCCUUCUUCACCGAGUCGUUCGCGCACACGCUGCCCCUGAACGGCCGCAACCUGUUCAGCCCUCCCGCCUACAACCCCUACCCCAGUCCCAGCUGGCCGCCCCUGCACAGCGCCGCCUACUCAGGGUGCCAGUCGGCCCGCCCUGGCGCACCCCCGGCACACCAGAGCGUCGCCCCCACCCUCUUCCAACCCCUCGCCUCCUCGCAGUGUCCUCAAUAUUUCCCGCAGAUGAGUCCUAGCGUGCAGCUGCCGUCGAUGAGCGGCUACUCGCACCAACUGUCGCCCGGCUUGGGGUCCGGUGCAGCAGGUUCCAGCUUCGGCCAGCCGCAGUUCCAGGCCGCGUGCGCCCGCAGGGACGAGGCCGCGCGCUACUCCUACUGGUCGCCCGACGCGAGCGUGCGCGGCGAGGCGGGCGGCGGAGGCGCGUUCGCCGGCUUCAACCCCAAGUGCUUCAUGUGACUGCGUUUAGAAAAUCAUAAAACUCUCUCUUUAAUUGUUAUUGGUACAAACGCGCGGCUGUAAAUAGCGUGACGCGCGCGUGAAUUAAUGGCGGCAGGUGGACGGCGAAGACGCGACUCCCACGAUUUACCGGCCCAUUUGCUCAACAUGAUGUGUGUGUCGCGCUAAUGCACCCAGUCUCUCUCCUCUCCUCUCCGAACGCCAUCCUCGCCUAUUAAUCCUCGACUAUUUUUUACCCUCGCGCUGCCGCCACCGCCUGUCUUCCACUCUGCUCCGGGGGCCCACCGACAACGCACCACACACAUGCUGCUUUUUAUUCCCAGGCCGGGCAGCAAAAAUUCACGAACGAGAUUUUUGCUUAAAGACCGUCUUUGACGCAGUUCCUCAGCACACCAAUCGAUUCCUGAGGGUCGAAUUAGGGAAAAUAGACAUUUUUUGUGUCCAAAAGGUGCAGCGCGACGUGCGAACUUUUUUCCCGCCAAAACAAUAUGAAUGCGAGAAGUGCGCAUGCGUCAGAACUGGCUGGAUCUGACAAAAAAGUCAUUCGUACAGACGGUCUCUGCAAGUGCUGACGCAUGCGCACUUCUCGCAUUCAUAUUGUUUUGGCGGGAAAAAAGUUCGCACGUCGCGCUGCACCUUUUGGACACAAAAAAUGUCUAUUUUAUUUCCCUAAUUCGACCCUCAGGAAUCGAUUAGUAAUAUGUGCUCAGAAACUUCGUCAAUGACGGCCUUUGAGUAUGGAACCACUCAAAACUAAAAAUAAAAUGUGACGAGCUGUUUUUUUCAACCCAAAAUGAAUUUUUAUUAACAAAAUUGUUUGAUUUGGAAAAAACUGCAGACUGAAAAUUUUGGAUUACUGCCUAACAGCAACAAGAUCUAUUCAAACAUGGCCGCUGCCAGAGUCUUGAGUCAAGAAAUAAAUCAAACCAAAAUUUUCUAGGGACACAAAAUUUUGAAAAUCCGAAUUUUUUGCUUCUUGACGAGAGAAAUUGAUCAUUAUCAAUAUCUUAAUUUUAACGCAACGGUAUCAAAAUUAACAAUUAUCCUAAAAUACCGAUGAAUUAUUGGCUACAUCGUAAUCAUCUAAAUUUUGUCAAUAAUGCAAAUAACUGGCAGUAGAGAUUUAAAAAUCUUUUAUUUCAUAAAAAAUUAUAUAAUUAUUAUUUUUUAAAUUAUGUUUUUUUAUCUCCUUUGACUUUAAAAGAUAACUGCUACAAGAAUUGAAAAAUAUUUCAAACCGUGAAAUAACAUCAAAAUAAUGACGUGAUAAUUUAUUAAUAAAAAAUAGAAAUGUAGUAAAAAAAAUACUUAACGAUCAAAAUGUCUCGUCAAGGAGAGUCUGGGUACCAAAUAUCGCAAUUUUUUAAAAUUAAAUUUCUUGUCAUAGGCUCACCUAUUUAUUUAAAAAAUAUUUAAGUUGAAAUAUUGCGAAUUUAUGGGCAGAUCACUGCGCAACAGUAUUAACAAAACCUCUUCAAACUCGAUUUUAUUCACUUAAUUAUUGCCAGAAGGAACAAAUCAAACGGAAAUUUACCCCACUGCAUUCAAACUUACGCGCGGGGAUUUAUGCGCGGUCCGGUCUGGUGAUGGCGCAGUGCAAUCGAUGAAAAUAUUUUAAUUUUGUUAAUUUUGAAUUAUUAUUUGAAGCUAAACAGCGGGAAGACAAUAAAAAUUUCAAAAUCAACGCAAUUUCUUGUAAUGAAGUAAUCGAUUUUUCUAUACUAAAAAAAUUAUUGGUUAUAAAAAAGCGAUAAUUUUGAUCAGAUUCCUUUCAUCACAAGAAUUUCAGUUUGUGCUCAGUUAAGAUGAAAUUUGGUUUUAAUCGUAAAUAUUUGUAAUUAUGUAAUACGUGAAAUUGAUGUGCGAAGAUGUGAUCAGUUCUGUAUAAAUAUUAUUAUUGCUUCAAAAGCAGUUUUCUAAUGUAAAAUAAAUCCGUUAUGUGAUCGAUGUACAUACUAGAAUUGGAUUAUUGGUAAAUGUAUAAAUGGAAUAAGUGUUGGCAGGCGUUGGUGUUCCCUGUUCUCCGUCCAUGCAAACGAUUGAAGCUCAGCACUCUGCUCCCAGGGAAUGCAUUUUCCUUUUUACUAUUCUUAGCUGCUGCGACUCGCGCACAAUUUUUUGUGCCGCCAUAAUCAAAUGUAUCCGUUUUUCUCGCUGUAAAUAUAUUAAAAAAAAUUAAGUUGAUGUCUUCAGAUAAAUUGCGCAGUAAUUUUAAUAAACUGUGAUUGAAUCUGA